AUCAUGGUUCUGAUCACCGCAAUUCUCGGUGUGUUCUAUAUCCGACGACGGUCUAGAAAACGCAAUGGUGCACUUCAGUCAUCACUGGAGAGCCAACCACCCUUAGCACGGAAGCCAGCUCCAGUAAUACUCACACCAGAUCCUUUCACCCUGAAAUACCUUGAAUCCCGGAGAGACGUUGAUAUAUUUGAACAGGGAAGCUCAACAACUACAAUCAAUCCACUUUUAUCUGAUGGAAAGAUCGAUGAGCUGAUGAGGAGAAUGCGAACUCUGGAAACGCUGCUUGCAGCACAAAGUCCGGGUCCUCAGAGGUCACUUCCCACCGUGACUCCAUUACCUCCAAAUUAUACCAAUGACAGCAGUGGGAGGGUCUGAUAUUGAUCAUUGAAAUCACACGAGAACUUGUUUGAAGAACACCUACUAGUAGGAUAGGAUUAUACAGUUGAUAGGAGCAAUAUAUUUGUUGUUGUAUGCAUACGUCCUUAUACAG